AUGAUGGAGGCUGAAACUGUUGGUAAUCUCGUCCAAAAAAUGAUUAUUUCGCUUUGUGGAGAACAAAAACCAGAAAUAAUAAGAAAAUGGAUGCGUUUCUCUCUUGGAUUAUUAUCAUCAACUCAAGGAAUAGAAACAUUACAAGAGGAUGAAAUUAGUAUAGGAAAUCAAAUAAGAGAAAAAUUGUCAAUAUGUGAUGCAACACAGUUUGACAAAUUAUAUAAUGAAUUAAAAUCUGGGCCAUUAAAGAACAGGACACAAAUUCUGAUAUUCUUGUUAAACAUGUGUAAUUCAGCAGAACAAUUAAGGGGUAGAGUCUUUUCAGCACCUGAAUUAAAAUUAGGUUUAUCUUCAUCAUCUGCAUCCACUAGUGGACAAUCAUCUGAAAUUUCUGCAUCACCACAAAUUGUGUCCAUAAAUAGUGCAAACAAGAAUACAAGAGACUAUUUAACAAGUUCUAAUAAAAUAUAUGGAGAAGAAUAUAUUUCAGAAGAUGUAUUGAUUCAAGACCUUAUAUAUUCUUUCUUAGGUAUAGAAGGAAAAAUAUUAAAAUUAGAUUCUAAUUAUGGCUUCCAAAUAGAUCCAAUUAUUAGCAUUGAUAGACCACGAAAGCAAGCAACAUUGAGAUUAAGUGAACUUGGAUAUUUACAUAAUAUAAUACAAAAAGGUUUAGAAAGAAUGUCAGUUGCUUCAAGUGGUCAAGUAGCUGAUAGUUUUGUUGCAGCAUUACAUUCUGAAUUGUCUGAAUACUAUAGGGUUAUUGCCCUCAUUCAAGAAGAAGUAAACAGAGCUCAGUCUGAAUCAGGAUUAUACAGAGUUACAUUAUCCCAUUUACAUCUUUGGGUAUAUGAUCCUUUAGUUUUAAAAUGGCUAGCAAGUAUAGUAAAAGCUUGCCAAGGACAAAAAGGUGGUGCAUUAGCUUCUGCAGUGUAUGAAUUUAGUAAUCAUGGUGAUACUAAUGUGAAAAAAUUAGUUAAAAGGAUUUUACAAAGUGUUUGCAAUCCAUUGUAUAAUAUGUUGAUAAGAUGGAUGGCAGAUGGUGAAUUAGAUGAUCCAUAUAGAGAAUUUUUCAUUGAAGCUUGUGCUGAUAUUACUGGAGAUAGAAUGUGGCAUGAGAAAUAUCAAGUUCGCAACAAUAUGUUACCAUCUUUUAUUACAAAAAUACAAGCUAAAAAAAUUUUAGGAACGGGAAAAAGUAUUAAUUUUCUGCGUGAAGUAUGUAAAGAUUUUACUCCAUGGCAAGGAAAACAUACAAAAAUGUUUGAAAAUUUUAGUGAAGAAUAUAAAGUUGAUGUUCUUUUUGACAUGGAUCCUGAUGGUCGAUUACAAACUAUGAUGGAUACAGCUUAUAAAGAAACUUCAACCAGAGUAGUGGAAAUUUUAACAAAACAGUAUCAUCUUAUGGAACAUUUACAUGCAAUUAAAGGUUAUCUAUUAUUAGGAGAAGGAAAUUUCAUUCAAUAUCUUAUGCAUUUAUUAGAACCAGAAUUAGAUAAACCAGCAAGUUCUGUAUAUCCACACAACAUAUCUUCAAUUUUGGAAACAGGAAUAAGAGCAACUGUUACAAAGAUAGAUGAUUCAGAUACACAUAAACGUCUUGAUGUAAGAUUAUUAGCACCUUCAGAAAAUGAAAGAGGAUGGGAUGUUUUUAUUCUCGAUUACAAUGUGGGAGGUCCUAUUGGAACAAUUCUAGAGCCUUGUAGACAAAUCUAUCAAACUGUAUUUUUUGCUUUAUGGAGAGCGAAACGAAUGGAAUCUAUAUUAUCUGCGAUUUGGAAACGUCAAAUAACUUCAGCAAAAAUGUUUCGUAAAAUGCCCGAAGUAUUACCUAUUCAAACUCAUAUUCAUUUAAUUACAAGUAGUAUGGUACAUUUGGUUCAUCAAAUGCAAUAUUUUUUCCUAUUUGAGGUAAUUGAAUGUUCUUGGGAUGCUUUUGCAAAACAAUUGGCACAAGCAACAUCUUUGGAUGAUAUAAUUACAGCACAUACUCAUUUUAUAGAUACCGUAAGACGUGGUACCUUGCUAGAUGAGAAAUCACAAGAACUUAUGGAUCAUUUACGUUCUGUAUAUGGUCCAAUUUUAGACUUGCAGAACCUAGAAGAAACAUUUCUUGCGCGUGCGACACAUGAAUAUGAAGCACGAUUAAAAGAUAAUAAAUUAUUAAAUACAACUGUUGUAAUGUCAAGUCAUUUAGAUCAAACUAUGGAUGCAGAAAUCGCCAAACGUCAAGCCACAUUUUCGAAAUAUUUAAAUACACUUUCAAUUCAACUCAGAUUGCUUUCAAGAACAUAUCAGGAUAGAGUAAAAAAGUUUCUUAUAAUGCUUGCUUCGGCGGAAGAUGUGUCUUUACAAUUAUUAAGCGUACGAUUAGAUUUUAAUGAAUAUUAUAAAAGUAAAGAUAAUCGUCUUGUUGUGCCAUUAACUUAUUUGCAUCGAAGACAAAGUGAUCAAAGUUAUCUUAGUUGUAAAUGAUAAAUAUAAGAAUCAUUUUUUUUAUUAUUAAUUAGAUAUAAAUAUGAUUUUUUGAACAUGUUAUUUUUUUUAAUAAAAAUUUUUCAAAGAAA